AUGACUUAUGUCGAGAUCAUAUGGAUAUGUUGUAGUCUAAUCUUGUUAUCUUUGGCAUGGAUUAUAAAUGAGAAGAUUGUGAAUAGAUACAUUAGACAUCUUCCACCUGGACCUACUCCUUGGCCAAUAAUUGGUAACUUACACUUGGUCAGUGGAUCAUCACCACACCAUGUCAUCAAUGAACUUAGCCUCGAGCACGGCCCUGUGAUGAGACUCAAACUUGGUGCAGUGGAGGCAGUCGUAUUCUCAGACCCCGACGCACUACGCACCGCCUUCAUAGACGAUCCCAACUGGCUUGCCAAUCGCUUCCAGAAGCCAAGCGCAUCGGCAGUGAGCGCAGUCGCCAACAUCACCUACUCAAACGGCGACUACAACAGGAUGCUGCGCACACUAGCCCUCUCUGGCAUUGGGCCCACUGUGAUCAAGAAGCACGAGUCGCACGUGAUGGACGAGAUCAACAAACUGUGUCAACACAUCGAUCGCUUCGCUGAGACGGGCGAACCCGUUAACCCGAUCCCUCUGCUCAAGAUAUGCACGCUCAACAUUAUGAUGCGUCUGAUCUUCUCGGUGACAUUCCCCUACGAUGGCAGCGACAGAGAGGCCACCGACGUGAUCGACUUGAUCGACAGCGUGUUCAAGGUGGGCGGCGCGAUCAAGCCCUCUGACUACCUGCUCUUCCUCAAGGGGUGGUAUGCGCGAUCAGCCAAAGGACGCGAGUACUACCAGACCAACAUUGCCAUGUCCAAGUAUGUCGAGCAGCUGGUCAAGAGACGCCAGGUCAUAUACUCAAACGAUCGGCCCGGCCAGGACAUCCUCGACACGUUCUUGAAGGAGCAUGCCGAGGGCCGGCUGGACAUGAGAGGUGUGUGUGGCGCUGUAGGUGACCUGCUGGUCGCGGGCACAGACACAUCAGCCAACACCAUCUCAGCGCUGAUCAAGGCAAUGGCGAACCGACCGGAUCAACAGGCAUUCAUGCAUGAAGAGCUCAGAACUGUGAUGGGCGACAGAAUCGUACCGACUUACAAACAGCGUUCCGACACAGAGUAUACUGUGGCAGCGAUCAAGGAGGCCAUGCGGAGAUUUGUCGUGGCGCCCUUUGGCAUGUACCACGUUGCGGCCUACGAUGGCCAGUUCCGCGGCUACACCAUCAAGGCGAACACACUCAUUCUUCAAAACAUACAUGGAUCAAUGUUGACCGAGUCAGUGUGGCUUAAACCACUUGAAUUCCAUCCAGAGCGAUUCAUCAACAAUGCGGCCAAUGUCAAUCGAGUCAAAUGUACCUUUGGCUCUGGGCCACGCAAUUGUCUAGGCAUGGCACUAGCAGAGCAAGAGCUCUACCUUCUUGUUGCCACUCUCUUCCGAAGAUAUCGAUUCAGCAAGCCACCACCAACCUCAUCUUCCUCCAUAGAGUUUGAUGAGUCCAUGUUAUUUGGAGUGAUCGCAACUCCAACAGACUUUGAUGUACACAUUAUAAGACGUUCCUGA